GAAAAAUUAUCAGUCUCGAAACACCUGUCUCGAAUCACUCGGUGAUUUUUUAAUUAAUUUUCUUAACCGGGUUUAGUUUUCCGUGUUCUCAUGGUGAAGUGAACUUUAUUUGAAGCCCUAUCGCCAAACGGAAAAUAUGGUCGGUUGCCCAACAAUCCUCCUCUUUGUCCUUGUAUACUUGGGCCUGCAUUGGCAUGUCAGCGGUUCUAAAUGUGCCACGUCAGUGCCAGGGACGUCUCUGAUUGGCUACGUGUUUAUGGUGCUGCGAGAUACGGACAUCCACCAAGGGUUUCAAAGAUGCAAGAAAGAAGUGCAGUGUCAAAGCCUUAAUUAUUAUAUCAGAGACAACACUUGUCAUUUGAGUAACAGAACAAUCCAACAAAAACCGGCAAACGCCCUCUUGGAUCCUGGCUCUUUUUACUUCGAGAAUCCGUAUAAAAGUUCCCUCGGUUCAAUAUUGUUCUUACCGGCGGUGUCGUGCUUAGAGAUAAAAAGCAGUUCAGAUGCUGUGACCAGCGGACUUUACUGGCUAAUCGAUGCGCAAUCAGGUUCUGUUGUCGAGGAUUACUGCGACAUGGUCACCGGAUUGACUAGUGGUACGUGUAAAGGAAAUCCAUGCAAAAAUGGCGGCACAUGCCAUUUCAAGAGUCCCGGCGUCUUCAGUUGCACUUGCGCUGCAGGUUUUUCCGGGAAUCAAUGUGAAACUGACAUCGAUGAUUGUCUCGGAAUUUCAUGUUUGAAUGGAGGACAGUGCAUCGACAGGGUCAAUACCUAUACGUGCAACUGUACAUCACCAUUCUAUGGCUCAAGAUGCGAGAAAGAAAACGCCUGCGGAAUCUACACCCUGAUGACCGACGCAGACCGCAACGUUAAUUCCGGCAUUGAAGUCAAGAUGUGCGAUUCCAGUGUGAGCACGGCAUGGUACCGAUUUUCGGGCUCCGGUGGAACGGUGAUGCCGACAACGUGCGUGCCUACACACAAAUGCAACACGUACGCGACGGGCUGGAUGAAUGGCGCCCACCCCUCCCUUUCAGAUGGUAUCGUGAACCGCCAAGUCUGUUUUAAUUGGAAUAACAACUGCUGCAACUGGUUAAUCAACAUACGAGUCGCAAACUGCAGUUCGUAUUAUGUAUACGAGCUCACCAAGACUCCAACGUGCUUUCUCCGUUACUGCACAAGGAAUGAUUGAGCUUCCCACACUCUUGACCGUAAUCGCAAUUAAAAUUUGCGGCAAGAUCGCCAGGGACAAUGUUGAUAUACUGCUUGCAGCAACUGCUUUGGCGAACGUCAUUGAGAAUAAGAGAAAAAUAUGUCCGUGAUGUACGCGCGGGGCCCCUCGGUUUGACACGCCACAAGGGGAGACCCGCCUGAAAAGCUCCCCCCCCCGUGGCGAGCAGAACAAUUAAUAUAUGAGUAAACAAGCAGUCUACAAUGUUGAUAAAAGGCUAAGCUUACCGAGAAAAAACGGGCUUUGUUUUUUAUUAUGGAGGAAGAUUGAAAGGGAUGUUUUGGCUUGGUGCAGAGUUUUUACUAGAUAGAUGCCCUCUUUAUCGUGAAAUUAUGCACUAAAAUACGAGAUAAAAUACCUACACAGUUAUCAUACAGCUAUGGUGCUACGAGUGCUCUCAUUGGUUUAUUAUCGGGCGCUACAUCCCCGACGGCCCACUCACAAACAACGCAGCACUUUGCGAUGAAAAACGCCCUGAAAACGCUGUAUGAUAAAUAUCUAUUGACCUCAUUUGCUUGGGCUGUACAGAAACUUAUAAAACUUAGAAUUUUUCCCCGUUUUUAGAGAAUGGUGGAGAAACUCGCGCUCGUUCCAUAAGAGGUAUAUAUCAGGCGAGAUUUCACAGGGUUUAGCAUCUUAGAACAUUGAGUAAUUCAGGCCAAUUAGCCGAUCCCCAAAAUGGACGGGAACAUAUACAUAUCUAUCAGAAACAAGGAAUAAGCAAUAAUAUAGGAAAUGCUAAAGAAAUCAUUAUGAUAUCUAUGCUGACGUUAACAUAAAUACAUUAAUUCAUAGAUUUGCCGUUGAGCAAAUCCGAUUAAACAUUUGCCGUUGAGCAAACUGAGCAUUGUAGAUAUAUAAUUUAUUAAUGUAAGGCCAAUCACUUCAAAAUGUAGUGAGAUGGGCGUAAGGGGGCCACAAAAACCGCCAAACGGCACAGAAAAUCGCAAAACCAAGAGUCAUCAGAGCUUUAC